CUACCAUAUAAGUACAACUCUCUCUCUCUCUCUCUCUCUCUAUAUAUAUAUAUAUAUAUUACAUAAAUGUGCUCCACAUUACUUGAGUGUGUCUGUGACACUGUGUCCCUUCACCCCCACCUCUCCAACCCCUUCUUCCUCUGCUUUUGGUUCUCAUGGAGGCAGAUACCGGUGAAGUGAAGUCAAAGAUGGAAGAUUAUGAAGUUAUAGAGCAGAUUGGAAGAGGAGCUUUUGGUUCUGCUUUCCUUGUUCUUCAUAAAACUGAGAAAAAAAAGUAUGUGUUGAAGAAGAUUCGGUUGGCCAAGCAGACAGAGAAGUUUAAGCGCACAGCUCAUCAGGAGAUGAAUUUGAUUGCGAAACUAAACAACCCUUACAUUGUGGAGUACAAGGAUUCUUGGGUCGACAAGGGAAACUGUGUAUGCAUAGUAACAGGCUACUGUGAAGGAGGAGACAUUGCUGGGAUUAUAAAGAAAGCGAGAGGAAUAUUUUUUCCAGAGGAGAAACUUUGCAAAUGGCUGGCUCAGUUGUUGCUAGCUGUGGACUACUUGCAUUCUAACCGUGUCCUUCACAGAGAUCUAAAGUGUUCCAACAUAUUCCUUACAAAGGAUAAUGAUAUUCGCCUAGGUGACUUUGGACUUGCAAAGCUGCUCAACACAGAGGACCUUGCUUCUUCGGUAGUUGGCACUCCUAAUUACAUGUGUCCUGAGCUCCUAGCAGAUAUACCUUAUGGCUACAAAUCUGACAUAUGGUCCCUUGGAUGCUGUAUGUUUGAAAUUGCAGCACAUCAACCAGCAUUUAGAGCUCCUGAUAUGGCUGGACUCAUCAACAAAAUAAACAGAUCCACCAUCUCUCCUCUUCCAAUUGUGUAUUCGUCCUCUCUGAAACAAAUUAUUAAGAGCAUGCUGAGGAAGAACCCAGAACACAGACCAACAGCAGCAGAAUUAUUGAGGCAUCCACAUUUGCAACCACAACUCCUCCGGUGUCGCAAUGCAUCUUCAGUUUUCCUUCCAUUACAUUCCAUAAACAACUCAAAGGAGAAAACAAGAAGAAAAUCAUUGCCUGCUAGACUUAGUGCUGGCAAAGACAACAGUGACAAGGAAGUUGGUGCAUCAAAGAGGAAAGAAAAUGAACAUCCAUUUGAGAUAAACAUGGAAGCACAUCGAAGCAAUUCACAUCAGAUUGACAAGCCAACAUCAAUGUCUAGCACAGAUGAUAGCCUUGGAAAUAAGACAGUUGAUCCUACUAGCUGUUCAGUGGAAGUAUCUGAUGGUCCAAAAGACAGCUCCACUGAUUCUGAAACAAGUGUUUGCAAUGGAGAGAAGCAAGCAGAUUGUAGCAGUCCACCCCAAAAGGAUGGCACUGAAAUCGAGUCUACCUCUGAGAGCAUUCCAAAUUCUCAGCAUAAAGAAGAACCCAGUGCCGUGCAUUUUCAAAAUUUGCAAGAGGUUGAUGCCAAAAUAGUGACCACAAAGUAUCAAGCAGCAUUUCGCGGCGGACAAAUUCCUGAAGAAGUUCAAACAGAGGGGCAGGGUGAUACAAUAGAUGGAACUGGGAAACCGGAAAUUCCUAGCCUAAGUUGUGCUAAUCAUGAUGCUUCCUCUGAUGAUAAAAGCCCACCAUCAGCUGCAGACGAACCUUCUGCAGAGGCACAAUGCUGUUCACAGAAACCAGAAAGUCCCGAUGUAUACACAGAAAGUGCUCAUACAGACUACUUGUCAUCUGAAAGUAAUGAUGUGCUUCCAUGUAAAAAUAAAAUACGAGCAAAACCAGAAAACGACAAUUGUUCCACGGAGACACAGAAAGAUGAUAUUCAUGCGAUGAGUAAUGCACAAUUGCUGAGGACACUUGCUGCACUAACUGGAGAGGAAACCAAGAGAGAGUGGGAGAAUCCAAGUCAACAAAGAGCUGAUGCUUUAGAGUCUUUGCUAGAGCUAUGUGCACGGCUACUUAAACAAGAAAAAAUUGAUGAGCUUGCUGGUGUGCUAAAGCCAUUCGGAGAAGAAAUGGUCUCAUCCAGAGAAACAGCAAUCUGGUUGACAAAAAGCCUAAUGUCUAAAAAAAAAAUUAAUGGAGGGACCUGAUACUUGAGGUGAUUCCAACUAAUUUAUUCAUUGCUGGGAGAAAAGGUAUCUACUUAAUUGUGCUUGACAUAUAAUGUGUUUUUCCAGAGUGGUAUUGAAGAGCAUAAUUGCUGAUUGUUCAUAAUUGCUGGCUUUAAUGGAAAUAAACUCCUCUUACGAGGGGAAAAAAAAACAUCGUCUUUACAAUUUUGUAGAA